AUGAGUUCUUCAUCGGUCAACGCGACGUCUGUGAUUCUGUAUCCAGACUCGUUCGGCAAAGCCGUGGCCAAGAACGUGCUGGUGGUGGCUGUUGGGAUCACCAUCGUCUACAUCAACGCCAGUCUCAUUCACACUUUCUCCAGACACCAGAUUUUCAACACGAAUCCUCGCUAUAUCCUUUUUAUUCACAUGGUGGUCAACGAUAUGAUGCAGCUGAUUCUGGCCAUUUCCUUGUUCGUCAUCAGCUACACCAUCAAACAACUCAGCGUUUCCAUCUGUAGCGUCCUGGUCCUGGUCACCCUCUUCACCGGCGAGAACACGCCUCUGAACCUGGCCUGCAUGGCGGCGGAGUGCUACAUCGCCAUCUGCAUGCCGCUCCGCCACGCCCAGAUCUGGACGGUCAAAAGGACAAACUGGUUGAUUGGAUUGAUGUGGAUGACCAGCUUGGUGUCCGUACUUCCAGAUUUGUUCAUCACCCUGGCCACAAAGCCGCUGGAAUUUUUUCAUUCCCGAGUUUUUUGUGUCAGAGAAACCGCCUUCCCAAAUCCGCUCUCCAUCAAGAAGAGAGACUACACCUAUUAUGUGUAUCUGGUUAUAGUUUGGAUCAUUAUCUUUUACACGUACUUCAAGAUUCUGUUUACUGCAAAAACCGCGAGCAAAAGUUCCAAGAAAGCCAGAAACACAAUUCUGCUGCAUGCAGUUCAGGUGCUGCUCUGCACCACCACAUACGCGGCCCCCCAGCUGAACCAGUUCAUCCUGCAGACCUUCCCACAGAACCAGACAGACUCGCUCUUUGCCAGCUUCAUCAUUGUGCAGAUCCUGCCGCGCUCCAUCAGCCCCAUCAUCUACGGCGUGAGGGACAACACCAUGAGGAAGUACCUCAAGAGGUAUUUGUUCUGCAAAGUCAGAACACCUUAAGAGGCAGUUUAAGGCACUGCAGCUGGAAUCUGUCCAAAACAGACGCAACUGAACUCUGCUAAUCUACACUCAAUCAGUGCAUAGUGUCCAGCCGUCAGAAGGUUGACCAAGUCAUUCCUGUGUGAUUGUGGGGGGUAAUAAUUACAUGGUUUGCUGUUAUUUUUCA